AUGUUCAUCAAGGAGCUUGUUCAGCGCUGCUUCCGAUUCAUGGAGGAAGGGAUCGCCCAUCCCCGUUAUAGUGCCGCUCACUGCAGGCGCCAAAUCCGUGCUCAGAUGUGCGAGGCCGGCGAACGCACUCUGUUGGAAUCGCUGAAAAUCAAGGGGGCAGAUAUUCCACCACAAAGUGAGCAGCGGGGAGGUGAUGACAGUGACAGCGACGCUGUUGUUGAGGUCCAAGGGGAGAUUACGCUUACAGAUCUAGCAGCGGAGCAGGGUAUCCAUUCUGCACAGAUCAAGAACCUGUGGCAAGACGUAGAUGGCCUGAAGGACGCUGUUUUCAAGGGUGGGGAGGGACUCGUCAAAGUGACAACGACUGUGUCAACACUCUUCACCGCCUUUCAGCAGUUCGCUGCCAAGCUAGGGUUUAAGCUGCCGAUGGGUGCCCUGGAGGGUUUGAACAUGCAUGAAGCCGCCGACUCCACUGCUGCAGCCCCACCGCCGGCUCAAACGGUCGAAGCAUCAGCACCAGCAGCUGGUACAAAGAGAGCCCAAGGAGCCCCAUCCGGUGCACAAACGUCUGCGGCGGGUCACACCGGUAUAGCAGCCGCAGCUUCCUCCUCCGCGGCCGGUCGGCCGGUUGCUGCAGCAUGUGUUACAAGGGUAGUAGCGGGUCAGCCAAGUGCAUCUGCUGGUGCUCCUGCUGUUCCAGGUCAGCCAGGUGCCUCUGCUGCUGCUCCUCCAGCUGGACCGGGUCGGCCAGGUGCCUCUACCGGCGCUCCUCCAGCUGGAGCGGGUCAGCCAGGUGCCUCUGCCGGUGCUCCUCCAGCUGGAGCAGGUCAGCCAGGUGCCUCUGCCGCUGCUCCUCCAGCUGGAGCGGGUCAGCCAGGUGCCUCUGCCGGUGCUCCUCCACCUGGAGAGGCACAGCCAGGUGCAGCAUCCGGAAUUCCAACAUCAGCAGCGUGUCAGCCAGGUGCAGCAGCCGGUGUUACUACAACAGCGGCGGGUCAGACAGGUGCAGCAGCUGGUGUUCCUACAGCAGCGGCGGGUCAGACAGGUGCAGCAGCUGGUGUUCCUACAGCAGCGGCUGGUCAGACAGGUGCAGCAGCCGGUGUUCCUAUGGCAGCGACGGGUCAGACAGGUGCAGCAGCUGGUGUUCCUACAACAGCGGCGGGUCAGACAGGUGCAGCAGCCGGUGUUCCUAUGGCAGCGACGGGUCAGACAGGUGCAGCAGCUGGUGUUCCUACAGUAGCGGCGGGUCAGACAGGUGCAGAAGCCGGUGUUCCUACAGCAGCAGCGGUUCAUCCAGGUGCUGCAGCCGUUGCUCCGACGACAACGCAGGCGCUGCCAGGCGCGACCGCGUGGGAUUCAAUGGCAUAUGAGGGUCAGCAAGGGCCCUCAACGAGCGCUACAUACGACACAUGCUCGGGUGCCGCCAAGAAAACAACAGAUGUGCAUCACCUGGGACUACGAGUCCCCAGUGGAGCAACUGUGCCUCAUCAGGAAUCGCAUGCACCGCCUGCUUCGACUGUGUGGGCCCCUGGACUAGAGGCACGGGUUCAAGCUGCCACGGGGUGGCCUAUCAACGCAGCUGUGGUUCAGCCAAGAAACGAUGCCUGGGAUAUAGGGGGACCGCACACGGAUCUCACCAUAUUUCAUCCAGGUGUGCUGGUCCAGGGUGCUGUACGGUCGGAAGCGGCCGAUGAGACUGCAAGGGCAGUUGUUGUUCAAACGGGUUCCUCUGCUUGGUCCUCAGGCAAGCCGUUUUUUGCUCCCUCUGCCUUUCCACCCGGGGUGCAUAUCCAGGGAGCACGACCACCAUGUGCGGUGGGGUAUGCUCCACAUGCAGGUGGUGUUCAGCCGGUCGCCACUGCAGCCGCCGCGCCAUCAGGGCUGAUUGGCCAUGCUCUGCAACCUCGGAACGUGCUUUACCUCGGAUCUGGACAGCCGCACGCGUCCGUGCAACUGCCGUUGUCGUCGCAUCGCCCCCUGGUGCAUGAUUCUACUGCUUUCCUCGUAUCUGAUGAGGCGCUUGACAAUGUCAGCGGGCUACGUAGGCACACAUCAGCCUCUCAUGGUCGGACUCUAUCGAGCAUCCUCUCCGGUUUUGUGCAGGGGUCCCAACCCGUUAUGCCCUCCCCAGCAGCCUCCACAUCUAUGAUCCCCUCGACCCAGGGAGGCGAGAACGAGGAGGAGGCAACCUCAAGGAGGUUCACGGGAGUCAUAAAGAAGAAGGACAAGGACGAGUGA